AUGGCUCCCUCAGAUACCACGACGGAUGUCCGUCGCAAGGGUCCACGGAUCGAGGAGGCCAUUUCCAAUCCCGGCGCCGUUAAGAUCAACGUCAAGGGCGCUUUUAUCGUCGACGACGAGCCUCGGUCGCGCAGCCCCGUCGAGGCCGAGGGCGUUCACUACGAGACCAAGGAUAUUCGUCUGCCACAUCACACUGGGGUCGUGAGCCAUGUCGCCGUCGAUAUCGGAGGUUCAUUGGCGAAACUCGUCUACUUUACACGCGAACUGGACGCUGCUGACAAUGGCGGUCGCCUCAAUUUCAUCAACUUUGAAACCCACCGGAUCGACAUCUGCAUCAACUUUAUCCGGCAACUCAAGGAGGAACACGAAAAGCGCAAUGGCUCCGUACCUGAUGACUUGUGCGUCGUAGCUACUGGAGGCGGUGCAUUCAAGUUCUACGAUAAGCUGAAGGAGGCGCUGGACGUCAAUAUUCUGCGAGAGGAGGAGAUGGAAUGCCUGAUCAUCGGUCUCGAUUUCUUUAUCACAGAAAUUCCCAACGAGGUAUUCACUUACAGCGAUGCCGAUUCCGAACCGAUGCAAUUUGCCGAGGCCCGACCGGACGUUUACCCCUACCUCCUGGUCAAUAUAGGGUCCGGUGUGUCCAUGAUCAAGGUCUCCGGCCCCAGACAGUUUGAACGUGUAGGGGGAACCCAUCUUGGAGGAGGUACAUUCUGGGGGAUCAUGUCCCUGCUCACCGGCGCCCGCACCUUUGACGACAUGCUGGCCAUGGCGGACCGUGGGGACAAUGCCGGGGUGGAUAUGUUGGUGGGGGAUAUAUACGGCAUGGAUUACACCAAGAUUGGACUCAAAAGCACGGCCAUCGCGAGUACCUUUGGCAAGGUAUUCCGGCUGAAGAAUGCUGCUGAGCGCGGUGCCGAGGACGGCGAGGGUUUAAUCCACGAUGAGGAAUUCGAGCGCAGCAACGGAGGCGUCAACUUCCGACAUGAAGAUAUGAGUCGGAGUCUUCUAUAUGCUAUCAGCAACAAUAUCGGCCAAAUUGCCUACCUGCAGUCAGAAAAGCAUCAAGUCAAACAUAUUUACUUUGGAGGAUCGUUCAUACGGGGCCACCGUCAGACUAUGAACACUCUCUCCUACGCCAUUCGCUUCUGGUCAAAGGGCGAGAAACAGGCCUACUUCCUGCGCCACGAGGGCUACCUGGGUGCUGUCGGUGCUUUCAUCCGACGUCAGCCGCAGAACUGGGGGCGCAGGAACAGCAUUGACGAGGUGGUGGCACCGCAGGCGGUCCGAAAUAUCGUCAAGAAUUCUGUGAAUGCUGAACAGAAUGGUUCUCCCACGUCGUCAUAA